ACCUGUGUGUGGACCUAUGUGAGGGAGCAGCGGCUGGAGAUCUGCAGGACAGAAACAGAAGACUGCUUUGAGGAAAUACAGUUUAUGUUUUAGGAAGAUCCUAAUGGAUUUAUAAAUGCCAACACCGUAACUUUGUUCCACCUUCAGCUUCAGAGAUGGAUUUCAACACAAACUUCCUCCGACCAGACCAACAUACAAACGGCAGCAUGCAGAAGCAGGUGGAGGUGCGGAUGGAUGAGAGCCACAUCGAGCCCCCAGGGGAAACCCCCAAGAGCCUGUGCAACACCGUGUGCGAUAAAGUCAUGAAGAACAUGGUGCUGACCCUCACCAUCCUGGGUGUGUUCCUGGGCUCCAUCUCAGGCAUGCUCUUGCGACACAUCUCUCCGCUGCCCGCAGAUGUGAUCAUGAUAAUCGGGUUCCCUGGAGAGAUCCUCAUGAGGAUGCUCAAGAUGCUGAUCCUCCCACUCAUCGUCUCCAGUCUGGUCACAGGCCUGGCUGGGUUAGACGCCAAAUCCAGCGGGCGUCUGGGCACCAGGGCAAUGGUGUACUACAUGACCACCACAGUGAUUGCAGCCGUCCUGGGUGUAGUGCUGGUUCUACUCAUCCACCCAGGGAACCCUAAACUGAGGGCCAACCUGGGCCAGGGCAAGAAGAAUGACGACGUGUCCAGCCUGGAUGCCCUCUUUGACCUCAUCCGCAACCUGUUCCCUGAGAAUCUGGUUCAGGCCUGUUUCCAGCAGAUCCAGACGGUGACCACUAAAGUCCAGGUGCCCACCAACAGAACCAGAGCUCCCCCACAGUUCACCAUCAAGAGGUCACUGCAGUUCAAAGGUGGCAUGAAUGUGCUGGGACUGAUUGGAUUCUUCGUCUCCUUUGGUGUCAUUAUGGGAAAGAUGGGAGAACGAGCCCGUCUUAUGUUGGACUUUUUCAACGUGCUCAAUGAAAUUGUGAUGAAGCUUGUUAGUGCCAUUAUGUGGUACUCUCCUGUGGGUAUUGCCUGUCUCAUCUGUGGGAAGAUCAUCUCCAUCGCAGACCUGGAGGUGGUAGCACGGCAGCUGGGCAUGUACAUGGUCACCGUCAUUGUGGGUCUCAUCAUCCAUGGAGGCAUCUUCCUCCCCCUCAUAUACUUCAUCAUCGUCAGGAAGAACCCCUUUAAGUUCUUCAUGGGAAUGUUCCAGGCCUGGGUCACAGCCCUGGGCACAGCCUCCAGCGCUGGGACACUGCCGGUUACAUUUCGCUGUCUGGAGGAAAACUUGGGGAUUGACAAGAGAGUGACACGCUUUGUGCUCCCUGUGGGUGCCACCAUCAACAUGGACGGCACAGCACUGUACGAGGCUGUGGCCGCCAUCUUCAUCGCCCAAAUGAACGGCAUCGAUCUGGACUGGGGCCAAAUCGGCACCGUCAGUGCGACUGCCACCCUGGCCAGUGUGGGAGCUGCCAGUAUCCCUAGUGCAGGCCUGGUCACAAUGCUGCUGAUCCUGACCGCGGUCGGGCUGCCUACACAGGACAUCAGCCUGCUGGUGGCAGUGGACUGGCUCCUUGAUCGCUUCCGUACAUCGGUGAAUGUGAUCGGGGACUCGUACGGCGCAGGAAUCGUGUACCACUUGUCCAAGGAUGAGUUGGACACAUUUGACGCUCAGCAGAUGAGAAUGGACGAUUUUGAGGUGGCCAAAACCCAGUCAUACUUCGAAAACAACAGCAACCAGAAUGUAUACGCACACCACAACUCAAUCCUAAUAGACGAUUGCAAGGUGGGCUACGGCACAAACGGUAAGACGGACUUCUCUUUCAUCGAGGAGGGGCCCUGGAAAUGUGAAUAAAGGAGGCCUGGAGCUGCUGCGCCUUACCCUGAGUACCCUGAGUUCACCAACCCACUAAGUACAUCCUCCUACAGUAUAAACUUACCAAAGAACAUGCACUACACCCAGACUGUUUCAUGUGCUUCAUGGACAAUGGCUGGACAAUCCAGGGCCUUAUCGGUGUUGCUCAAGCUCCCUGUUCUCUGUCCUUCUGAGUGUGUGAGACUGGAUGUGUGUCUGAGGAGUCUAAGGAGUACACACACGUAUACUUGAGAACACAGGCCUGGUGCUGUGUUAAUUUCAGAUAAACAGCAGAUACCUGUAGUUUUGGAAACAACCCACUUGCUUUUUAACAUGUGUCACCUCAAGGCAUUUCAGCCUCCACACCACUGGACCGUGCCUCAGGUGAAUGAUGGUGUGUUUGUUCCCAGCUCACUUCUGAGAUGCUCACAGCAAAAAAUCUAUUUCUGUUUACUUUCAGAUGAAGCA